GUCGCAGCCAGAAGGCUCGCUUGGAUUGGCGCUCGGCCGAGGUUGCUGUUCCUCGUGCUAACCCGGGUGGUGGCGGGCACUCAAGUGUCCGGCAUCAGCUUUUCGGUCUUGGACUCCAACAGCACCGCAGCGGCUCCGGGCGAGGUGCCAGCGUCUCUUUCCAUUGGUUUCACUGCGACCAGCACUGGAACCUCCCUGGCCACGAUCAACCUCCCAUCCGGCUUUCUCUCUGAUGGCAAUAUGAACAUCGGCGGCGGACGUCGUUUGGAGGAGGAUGACAGCGAUUUCGGCGGCAGCGCCGCGCAGCGACGCUUGGCGGCCGUGUGCGAAGCCUACGGGACUGCCACGGUGUCCAGCAACGUGUUGACUGUGCCGGUGAGGAAGGUCGGCACAGCCAGCACACCUUGUGACACUGCGGGCGCGGCCAUUUCGAUGGUCUUGACCGCGGGCACUGCCAGCUUCAGCUCGUUGGGCACAGGUCAACUGGACUUCACUGUGCCAGAAGUACAAGUUCUGGUUCCCACCUGGAGAAUUGAUGCCUCUGUUGGAGACUCCAGAGAUGACUGUCCCCUGGCAUGGAAAUCGGCUGUGGAUUUGCGGGACAUAUUCAGAGACCCAGGGCCUAGCAUCGAUUUCCAGUGGUUUGAUCGCUUUAUGGUGACUGGAAAGGAUGCUUGGCACCCUGAGUUACCGCGUGCGCUUUAUGGACCCACGGGCCCAUGUUUUGCCGAAUUUGCCGAUGGUGGUGAAUACGUCGAUAUUCGAGUGCGUCGCCACGUGCCAGGUUGCCACGGAUCAACCUUGGAUGGGGACGACUUAGACAUCAAGAUGAGUGGCCGUCCCAUUCGUCGCCGUGGUGUCUUGCACCGUUCGCAACUCUUCUCUGCGGGAGACCAGGUGAAAGUUGGUGUUGGAUCUCGCGACUUGGCGUCACGAUGCACUGUGAACCCUCCUCGCCUUCAUCACACGCCGGUCCUUGAGUUCGUCAUGGCACCCUGGCGGAACGUGCGGUGGGGCCAGGUCGAGAGCGACUCCAUUUCCUUCAUGGUGCACGCCAGCCACGCAGGUGCCGAGUUCCCUGAUGACUUUGACAAGCAGGAAUGGUUUCAAGGGCAUUUUGCCACAAAUUUGGCGCGUCCAACCACGAACACCAGAAGUCGAGGCCAUGCUGAUCGCUCCAAGCAAGAAGGAAAUGGCAGUUUGCACUGCCAUGGAGUGAACGGCGCAGAACAACUGGACAGCAUCUGGCCCUUGCCGCGAUACCAGAUGCGGUUGCUUUUCAUCGUGUCCACCGCUCUGGCAGCCGGCCAGCGUGACAUGGACCAAGUGUCCGGGAUCAGCUUUGCGGUCUUGGACUCCAACAACACCGCAGCGGCUCCGGGCGAGGCCCGGGGUGUGUGUUCCAGCAGCUUUGCAAAUCGGUUUCACUGCCACCAGCACUGGAACCGCCCUGGUGACUGGGCACCAACGCAAGCGUUGAACUUGAAGGCCAAGGAAACCCCAAACCAUGGUCGAGAUGCGGAUGACGAUGUUGGUGAUGUCCCUGAGGCCACGAUCAACCUCCCAUCCGGCUUUCUCUCUGAUGGCAAUAUGAACAUCGGCGGCGGACGUCGUUUGGAGGUGGAUGAAAGCGACUACGCGUGGCCGCCGCGACGCUUGGCGGCCGUCUGUGAAGCCUACGGGACCGCCACGGUGUCCAGCAACGUGUUGACGGUGAGGAAGGUCGGCACAGCCAGCACACCUUGUGACACUGCGGGCGCGGCCAUUUCGAUGGUCUUGACCGCGAACACUGCCAGCUUCAGCUCGUUGGGCACAGGUCAACUGGACUUCACUGUGCCACUUUGCUGCGAUUUUGGAGACUUUCUGGGGCAAAUCAUGCAGACUGACGUUGACAAUACCCCUGUGAGUGUGACCUUCACAGUGGGGAGCUCGGCGCAAUCGCAGAAUGUGGACAACAGCGGUUCAUUUACAUUGUCGGCCGUUGGAGACCCGAUCACUUGGUACCAAGGUUUUGGGAUAUUUCUGCACAUCAAAUAUGACAUUUCUUGGCCUCGAAGGUCCUUGUUGGAAUCACCCCAUAUCGAUGCAAGGUUCUGGUUUGAACCUGGGGAAUUGAUGCCCAUGUUGGAGACUCCAGAGAUGACAGUUACUUGGAUUACUUGGCUGCGGAAAUCGGGCCUGGGCGUAGGUCUGGGCCUCCGUCUUCCAAGGCCGAAUGCGGGAACGGGAGCUGUGCCCAGGGGACCUACCAUCGACUUUCAGUGGUUUGAUCGCUUUAUGGUGACUGCCAAGGAUGGCAAGCAGAUUGUGGAUGUCACCGUGCGUCGCGCCCUUCCAGGCACCAAUCGCACGCAGUUCCGCCCGAGCGAGUUCACCCAGCUGGACAUCAAGAUGGGUGGUCGCAAUCAGAUCCGCCGCCGCGGUCAAGAGCUCUUCGCAGCAGAUGGGGUGAAGGUUGGAGUUGGCGCACGUGCUGUGAAUCCACCUCGCCUGCAUCAUACACCGGUGCUUGAGUUCGUGAUGGUGGAGAGCGAAUCGAUUUCUUUCAUGGUGCACGCGGCCCAUGCGGGUGCCGAGUUCCCGGAUGACUUCGACCAGCAGGUGAAAAACACACACCUCGAUUGGGUCAACUUGGACAUGGUGGACCCCAAAAAGAACGGCUUCAAGGGCAUCUUGCCCCAGAUUUGGCGCGUGCAACCACGUACACCCGAAGUGGAGGCGGGCUACCGGUGGCUGGCGGCCAUCUUCAUCGUGAUGUGGUGCUUAUGCAAACCAAGCCUCGUCUUAAAGUCGGCUGUUGGAUUCAAGUCGGAUCAGAGCACUACAGUCGCAGCCAGUUCUAGCCCGGAGACUUCAAGUCCUGGCGUGUCGGAAAAGGCGUUGUUCAGGAGCCAGGAAUUCAACCAUGUGACCAGAUCCGAGAUGUCCAGGCAGCUGGAGAUGCAGCGGUCAGCGGAGAGCAGA